GUGAGGGAAUUAACAUCAAGAUUCUCCUUGGUAGAAAAACCAGCUGGAAUUUGGGAAAGUAAAACACUUGCAAGAAGGGUAGCCAAGUGUCAAAAUGUCCAUCAAAAGUGACGAGGAAGAUGAUUUAAACCUCCUGACCUUUUUACAAGGAGAUGUGUUGGAGGUAGAAGAAAAGGAAAGAGCAGCAGUGAUAGUUGGGGAAGACACAGAUGCACAGGAGGAGCUACAGCAGCAGUACUACCUUGAUUCAAUAAAAUCAAAUGUGAUAAUUAGGCAACUCCCAUCUGAAGGAAUCCCCUUCAAACUCUGGCCUGCAGCAAAAUCUCUAGUCACCCUUCUGGACAGAUACCGACUUCAACCCAGCAGCAGCCCCCUCACUCUGAUAUUCUCUGCCUUCUCCAAUGCCAGUCAACACAGUCCUCUCCGUAUCCUCGAACUUGGCUCAGGUACUGGUUUGGUUGGAAUUACUGCUGCUGCCACCCUCGGUGCCAAUGUUACCCUCACUGAUCUCCCUCAUGUAGUCCCUAAUCUCCAAUUUAAUGUUGAUGCCAACUACAACACAUUGACCUUGCAUGGUGGAAGCAUUAAUGUGGCAGCACUUAGCUGGGGAGAGGCCAAGGAUAUGGAAUCAAUAGGCUGUGAGUUUGAUCUCUUAUUGGCUUCGGAUGUAGUCUAUCAUGACCAUCUUUUUGACCCUCUUCUCAAGACUCUCCAAUUUUACUUGAGAAACAACACAGUAUUCUUGAUGGCCCAUUUGAAGAGGUGGAAGAAGAAGGACUCGGUCUUCUUCAAGAAGGCAAGAAAGCUGUUUGACAUUGGCAUGAUACAUUCAGAUCCUCCUUCCCCUGGCUCUCGUAUUGGUGUGGUUGUUUACCGUUUCAAAUGUAAGUGUCAAGAUGGGAGCAAGUCCCAAAAUUAACGUAUGUUCUCUGAUGACAUGUGUAUGAACUGUGUUCGAACAAGAUUUUGA